ACGUUUAUUGGAGCGAGUGGCCGCAUCGACUGCGUUUACCCAGGAAAGACAGUCCUGAUCAUUUUAGUUAGGAUAAUACUAAUGUAUAAAGAUUAAAUAAAAUAUUCUGUUAACGUUUGUGUUAUUUCACCCAUUGGAUUUUGUUAAUGCUGUCUUUCUUGGACGCCGUGUGCACAUUUGCUGCCUGGUCGGAAGAUAAGUUUCUUUAAAGUCCAUUCAGACCUGCAUGGGUCUUUGAAAAAAGCAGCAUCAUGAGUGGAGAGCCAGAUGCUUUGGCUGUGGUGAACCAGCUGAGGGAUCUCGCAGCUGAUCCCAUGAACAGGAGAGCCAUCGUUCAAGACCAAGGCUGCUUGCCAGGACUCAUCCUGUUCCUUGACCAUCCCAACCCCCAGGUCGUCUACUCAGCGCUCCUGGCUGUCCGUUACCUGGCAGAAUCCUGUCAAAACAGGGAGAAAAUGAAGGGAGAGCUGGGAAUGAUGUUAAGUCUUCAGAAUGUCAUGCAGAAGACAACGACGCCAGGAGAAACAAAGAUGCUGGCCUCGGAAAUCUAUGAGCUCCUCCAAGCUUAUAAUAGUGAGGAUGCACAGAAGCCAGAGGAGGGGCCUUCCUGCAGACGCAAGGCCCAGUUCUUCCUUGGCUCCACCAAUAAGCGGGCCAAAACCGUUGUCCUCCACAUAGAUGGGCUGGAUGACUCUAGCCGGAGAAGCCUUUGUGAAGAGGCCCUGUUGAAGAUCCGAGGCGUCAUUAGUUUCACAUUCCAAAUGGCCGUUAAGAGGUGCAUUGUAAGGAUCCGCUCAGACCUCAAGGCAGAGGCUCUGGGUGCUGCUAUCGCCUCAACUGAAGUAAUGAGGGCUCAGCAAGUAGUUAGAGGAGAGGAUGGAAAUGAGUUAAUAAUCCCAUUCUCAGAGGAAUGCUCAGUAGCGAUGGAGAAGAACGUGGAUCUUCCCGACUAUCUGCCGGAGGAAGAGAGCCCGUCGCAGGAGCCAGACAAGGCAGUGACCCGCGUGGGCACAGGGCAAGAUGGAGCAAGCUGGCUAGGCACAGCAGCUAACUUCCUGUCUCGCUCUUUCUACUGGUGAUAUUCCGAGGCCACUUCUCUUCAGACACUGUGCAGCUACUGAAUCAGCCCGCCUGCUGUCAGAAAGCUGAACUACUAAAGGCAACAUGGUAUAAUUCCAGUGGUGUACAGCACAUGUGCACGCAACCUCUAUCUCAAACAUGGUCUCACUUGGCACCCCACAGAACUACUCAGCCUCUGAGGGAGGGGGAUGACUUACGGAAUGGAUUCUUAUUUAUUAUCUUCUUGGUUUUGGUUGACAGCUACAGUAUUAAUUUCCGCAUACCAUUCAUGUAAACGGGUCAGUGUUUCGAAAAACCAAAAUGUCUUACAGGGAGGAGCUUUACUGUGAUGGCAUUAGGACUAUCUGUCAGAAAGUGUCCAAACCUUGCCACAAAAGAAAUUUCUCUAGUUAGAAGAAUAUGUUUUUCCAUUUUUUUUAUCCAACUUUUCUAAUGAUUUGACCAAGAAAUACACAACGCUCCCUUGUGUUCUCAGCACAUGUUCCAAAAUAUGCAGGAAUCGACGUGUUCAUUCAUGUGCCUUUGGUCUCAUUGUUAACAUGGAUCCCAAGUGCUCGUCUUGGUUAGAAAUGGGUGCCGGUACAAAUUCUGGGUGCUUAUUCAGUUUAUAUAUGAAUUCAAUAUCUCCACAGUACUUGUGAGCUAAUAUUCUAAAAGAGGAACAGAAGUUCAUGCAGUUGAUCAUUUGAGGUCUGGUACUCUGCUCCGAUGAGCUUCGGCCUUAGUCGAGCACUUUGGAAACCACUGUAUGACUGUGUUUGCUGCUUUAGUUCAGGUUACUGAUGCAGACUAUAUCAAUUCCAUUGUGUUUUAGUCUUGAUAGUCCAAUACCCCUUCUCCAGGUGGCCCAGUAGUUGAAGGUGCUGUUUUGUAGCACCAAGCCGACCACCACAGUCUUGGUUCAAGACUUGGCUGUACAGUUAGCUGAUGAAUAUUUGGGAAGUCCCAUCACCCAGAGAGGGGGGAGUUCACUAGCAGGUAUUUCCUGGUCUACUCUCACUGCAGCAACUCCUUCAUGUGUCUAGGUGACUGCAUAGCUAACUUUUUCAGGUGAGUGAGUGAGAACUCAGUCAUUGUCCCAUGUGACCUCUUAGUUGGAAGAGCAGUGUUAAAAAAAAACUUAAGAAUGGCUUGAUGUGGAUGCAUUGAAGGAGCUCUUAGUGCAAUCUUUAAUGCAAACCCUGAUGAGACAUGGCCUUAGAUUCAAUUGGAUAUGAUGAAAUUGGGGGUAGAAGGAAAAUGGGGCCAAAAAAUAUUAUUCCAACUUAAAUAAUAAAAUCUAUUUAAAAGUUUGUGAGCAAUGUUUACAGGACUGUGUUGCUAGCUGCUGGAAAAAAUGUUACUGCCAGAAACGGCAUGAAGAUUUUGCACAGCCUAAACACUGUGGUAUAUGCUGUGCAUUAUUAGCUUUUGCAUUAUGUUGAGUAUUAAAGACAAUAUUCAGAUUUAUUUCCUAAGGAAGAGCAUGAUUCCGCUUUAAGGGACAGGCUCGGAUAUUCUUUUGAUCAUCUUUUCCCAUAGGGAUGACUUCACGUACCUGUAAAAAAGAAUGAAUGGUUCAACCUAAAAUGGUCCUUUCCUCUGAAAGAAUAUAGCUGGAACCAAAAUAUUGUUUUAGAUUCAGUUGCAAAUUGGUUGUCAGUGGUGUCCUCAAAUCUGUGGUUAAAAGGAACCCAUGUGAGGUGUGCCUUUGGUCCGGGUUGUCUUGAACAGGUGUAUUACAGAGAAUGGUUUGGAUGGUUCUGUCAAUAUAAUGGAUCACGUGCCCAUUGCCCAGCCUCUAAAAUGCCUUUAGUCAGUGCAUGUUAAAGUGUAUGAAUGGUAAUGUUUGUGCUUAGGUUAAAUCUGAAGUAAAUCUCAGUGAUGGAUUAUCUAUUAUAGAGACAACAAUCCCUUUUUAAACUUCCCCCACUGCUUCCAGGACAAUUUACAUUUUUGCCAAGACCUUCAAAGAAUCCCUUACUGACUGUGGAGAAAAAUAUUCUAUAGAAUUAAGAAAUAUACUGUCGUCCUCUGGUGUGUUUGUUUUACUUGAGACUUUGAGUAGUGCUGUAUUUUCUAUUUUUCUCCAUAGUUAAUUGCAUUCUCCUGGUAUUGUCCCUGGUCUAUAUCAGUCCCUUAUUAGAGGGCUGGAAUGGAAACAGUACUUUGGGACCUGAGGCCUGGGGAACCACAGCUGUAGGCUCUGUCACACUUGCCUAGGUUCUGUUAAUUGUACCAGGGCAGCAUAUACCCUAUAUUGUGCAGUUGUUCGAACUUAAAAAUACUGUGCAUUGGUUGCCAACGUAGUGAUUCACAAAAGAUCUCAAAAUUUGUACCUCUUGUUAAUGACAUGCCUUUCCUCCAGAAACCAUUGAGGUCAACUAAAAGCCUUUUGUUUAUCAGCUUUAUUCAACUUGUUGUUUAUUUAAAAUGAACCCCAAAGUACGAUUUACUUUCUCUGAUUUACCAUAUUUGUGUAAAACUUUUUUUUCUCCACCAGUACAGUGUGACCACCUGUUGCACGCAAAUAUAAUGGUAGUAUGUAUGUAUUAUCACAGGGAUGUUUGCUGCCUGUCAGUUUGUAUAGUAUUAUGGACCAUUUUGUGUGAAAUGAUGUGAUUCCUAAGAGUUAAGUCAAAGAAUAUUAAAAAAAUCAUGUGAUUAUG